GCCGCGCCACCGCCAUAGACGGCCUAUGUGCGAGAGGGAGACAACUAUCGUAGCGGCAUCGUACUUUGGUCUGGCACAGAAACGCGUACAGCUUCGAUACACGUCGUUUUGGCAAAGCAAUGAAAAAAAUAAAUGAGGAAAAAAAUCCGUGAAGAGAACCGUACCGUAAUAAUUCCCAGUGCGAGUCACGCCAUUGUGUAAGCCAAAUUAUUUCUGCCAAUAGUGCGGUGGCACUUUUGCGGAACGGCCAAAAUUGAUUAGCAUCGAGUACCCCAGGAAUCGAGCGGACCAAAUGCCGCAGCAGUCGGCCACCGCAUUAGCAUCAAAACGAUGGCCCCAGCGCUUACAGCCGAGCCACUAAGUCCCAAGGAGAAACUAACCAGCACCGCCUCGCCUUCGGCCCGCAGCUCCUCGGAAAGCGGAGGAGUUUUAGGAGGAGCGGCCGGAGGGGCCAAGAAACCGGCAACACCCACGCCAGCCACGGCGACCACGCGGGUCACCCGUUCGUCCGCGGCGGCGGCCUCGUUGGCUGCCUCCCCGCAGCAGCACCAGCUGCGAUCCUCGCCAGCAAUUAAUAACAAAAGAAAAUCCAUCGGCGUUAAAGCCAGCAAUGAUCCAAUGGGGCUAAGCACCGCCCCCACUCCACACAGCAGCAGCAGCAGUAAUCCCAAUCCCACGACGGAUGCUGCGGUGGCCUCCACCUCCACUGUGGAGCACAACAACAAUAACAGCAGCACGUCCACCAGCAACAGCUCCACUCCCAAGGACAAUUCCACGGCCCAGCUGCUAGCGGAUCUGACUAUUAACUUUGAGGAGACCAUCUCUGCAGAAAUUUGCCUAAGGAAAACCUUGCCCGAUGUGAGCCUGGGCAAGGAGCCGGCCACGCCUGCCUCGGUUUUGGCAGUGGCCACCAGUUCUGCAAGUUCCGGAAGCGGUGUGGCUGGGGAUACCUUGGUAUCCUCAGCGGAGGAGCUGCCAAAGAUAGAAACAGAUAAUAUAGAGGAGCGCCUCAGUCAGCUGGAUGGCAAUGCCAGUGCUAUGCCCGACGAGGUGGUGCCUCCGCCUUCUGUUCCAACUCCCGUGCAAGAAACACCCGUGACGCCCAGCAGGCCGCAGCAGCCGCCACUCAAUGCCACACAUCAACAAAUGACGCCGCAGAGCACCUCCAGUUCAAUUAAUUUUCUUAAAGACGGAGCCGUUGGCGCUGUGCUAGAGGAUCAGGACAUCGAGGAGGUGCUUAAGGCGUUGAAAACAUUCGACGGUGGCCAUGUCAAUCCGGAUACCAUCUGCGAGUUCUUCGACGAGGUGUGGAAUGAGGCAGCUCCGGCGGCGCCUUUGCCUGCGGCGGCUCCUGAAAAUGUCGUCGAGCUGCCUGACGUGAAGCCCAGCUGCAGUGGCAGCACAAACAUUCUCGCCAGCAGCAUUUCUCAGGCGAAUGUGGGCAUCAAACAGGAGCAGCGGCCCUGGCAGGAUAGCCAUGCUGAGUUGGAGCAGCAACAGCACUUGAUUUCGCUCCGGAUCGAGUCCAUGCUGCUCAGGAUGCGCAAGCUUCAGGCGCGCCAGAUGUGCCGCCACACAAGCGAAGAAGUGGCCGGCAUCAUGGAGUGGUCCGCCCGCAGUUCCCACAAGGCGCCUAUUCCAGCGAGGAGUGCCACACUGACCGAUCAGGAGGCCACCGUCCUAUCGAUUGUCUCCGGACGUCCGUGUGCUGCCUUCUGGGAGGAGCAGAACAAGCAUCCACUGCCCGCCAGCCAGAUGAGUAAUGUAAUCCGGCAUAUUACAACGGCGGCCCGGAACCAGCAGAUUUGUCAAACAGCCAGUGCGAGCUCGGCUACCCUCGCGCCAUCCUCCAGUUGGUACAAAAACUCCAACAGCUCAGCGCUGCCGGGAAAGCGUCCGCGAAAGAAUCAAUUGGAUGCUACGAUGGCCACGGGAGCAGCAGCUUCUGCAUCUUCAACAUCUGGUUUGGCGCCAGGCACGAUGGGAUCCAUAACAGAUCCAAAUACGCCGCGGGCGGAUGACAUCGUGCCCGGCUACGACACCUACGUGACCAGCGAGCUCUCCCAUGUGGCCGGUUUACUGCACACGGAGCUGCGAGAGGUGCAGAACGCCAUCGAUUCGGACGCCACGGAGUCCAGUUCCGGUGGCGAGUCCGCCGACGAAAUGGUUACCUACAACAAUACCCAGCAGCUGUCGCUAUCCAUCGCUCGACGCGCUGUUUGGCGAUACUCGAGAGAUCGGGCAGGCAUAGCCUUGCGCUGGUCGUGGCUCUGCUCCCAACUGGCCGAUCUGGAGAUGAAGAUCCGUCAGCACAGUGACCUCUUCUGGGAGCUAAACCAAUCCAAGGGCAAGGUUCAGCUGGAGUCCACAUCGAAGGCAUCGCCAUCGCUGCCACCGCCUGCCAAUGGCAUCAAGGAGGAGCCAGCAACCGACUAUCUCUGCAGUCGGGCCAGGCCAUUGGUACUUUCGGAGUUCCGCAAGCGAAAGCUCUUCCAGACGACGAACAUGCACACAAUUUCCAAGAAGGCCGCACGGGCGAGCAACAUAAAGUGCGGCUGCCAGUGGCCGCAGGUGCCAUGCACUCUGUGCACGGGUCGAACAGAUCCCACAGCGCCCCGUGAUCUGGUCGAGACGAUGAUGCCGGCCAACCGGGUGGCGCUGCUCGAUGCUGGCUACCAUCCUGUUCUCAGCUUUGUCAGCGAUGUCAGCCAGUCGGUGCACUUAGAGGCCGUUGCCCGCCAGCCGGACUGGCAGUACCGCGUCAUGCGCAGCCAGGCCAAGGCCAUUGUCAAGGCCAUGUGGAAGGCGGAGCGCGAGGCGCUGGCCUCCGGCGGGAUCGGCGGACAGGCGGGCAGCCGUCGGUCGGGCGAUGCGGUCAAGCGGCGUUAUAUACGACGCAAGGAGCGCAACAACAACUCAAAUAAGGAUGCUGGCAGCGGAGCUAAAGCAGCGGCUGCUGGAGGAUCAGUUGGCGGAAGCGGUGGCGUCGGGGGAGGGGAUAGCGGAAACGGUACUGGUACUGCUACUACUUCUUCUUCUACUACGCCUACUACAACGCCACUUGUGGCCAACACAGCAGCGGCCAAGGGCAGGAGGCCACCACAACACCCAACUGGAGCGAGCAAUUCCAGCUCGCUGUGGCCAGACUCUCGCCAACGCCAACAACCACGCCACCACAGUCCCUCCUCAACCUCGAUCUCGGCACUCAGCGGCUCUAAGAAGUCACGUAAAUCCGCAAGCAACAGCAGCAGCAAUUCCACACAGCAGCAGCAUCAACACGGCAGCAACAUCAACAACCAACAUCUCAACGGAUACGGGGAUCAGUGGGGGGAUCAGAGCAGAAGUCGCCGCAACUCCUCGCCCACCCACAGCCAUCGAAAUGAGAGAACCUCGGAGCGUCGAGUUCGUCCCAUCUACGACAUCAAUAACAUCGUUAUACCAUACAGCAUGUUGGCCCAGUCGAAAAUGGAGAUUCUUCCCUACAAGGAGAUACCCAUACCCAAGUGGCGCAUUGUAGACAGUGAUAAUGAUAAGGCAAAACAUUCGUUGGAUGAGUCAGCGGAGUGUAAACUAAGCAAUGGCUGUGCCGCAUCAACGUCGGAUGAGCUACCCAAACCCCAGCCGCCAUCGCAACAACGGGAGGAACCCCAACAACAGCCGGCCGUGCUGCAGCCUCCAAAAGUUAAUGGGUUAAGGGACAAACAGGCAGUUAAGCACAAUAUAAAUAUUAAUACCAACAACAAUAAUAAUAAAAAUGGACUGGUAAAUGGCAAUGCCAAGAAAGAUGAAUCCAAGGCAGUGGUAGAUAACCAAGUGGAAAAUAAGGAGGAUAAGCGGAAGGAAACGGCGAUCAAGCCCAAGCUCAACGGCAAUAUGGCAAAAAAUACAAAUGAUAAAUUUGUCGAAAAGAAGGAGGAGAUCGUUGCUCAGCCAGCCUCAGAACUACCACUGCCUAAACGACCCAAGCUGGAAAAGCCAGCCGACGAGCUCACCAAGCCCAAGGCCAAUGGUCAGGUGAUGGAACUGCAGUCGGAAAACCGCGAGGAUGAAGAGGAGGAGCACGGCGAGGAGGAUCUCUCGGAUGAGGCGUUCAUCUUGCGACAUCAGCGCGCUCUGCUCGAGGAGCGUCGCCGUUUCGAGACUUUCCUCAAGUUCCCUUGGAGCACUCGAUCCCGUGCGAAUCGACGCAUUGAUAGUCGCGCAGAAUCGAGUGGCGCCAACACACCAGAUCCCGCCUCGCCAGCUCCGCACAUGGGCUGUGCUGGGCACGACAACGAAAGCAUUCCCUCGCCGCUGGCCCAUCCACUGGACGGGUUUAACGACAGCGGCGAGUUGCUGGUGGGCGGACAGACGCGCCAAUCCCGACGCCGAACCACGUCCAGCAAGCUAAAGGAUCAGGUGGAAAGGCGCAGCGCGACGCCCGAUUUGCGGGAGCCCUAUGCGUUGAUGCCGUCGCCAUUCGAACCCCUGCACUUUCCGCUCUCCGAAGAGGUCUACCAGCGAAUGCUAGCCGAGACGUAUGCGACGCCCAAAUCGACGUCUGGCUCCAAGCGGGUCAAGAGCAAGUCUAUAUCCUCAAACUGCGACGGAAACACUUCCACGGGAGGCAGCAGUAGUCGGCGCAGCAGCAAGUCCAAGAUUAAGCUGAAUGGGCAGCUAAAUGGUCAGCUAAAUAGUCAUCCUGCGGUAGCAAAGAUAAACGGCACAGAGGGGUUAAGGGAAGGUGGAAUUUCCGAGCCGGAAGAGGAGGAUAUGCUGCUGGAGGAGGUGGACGACGACUACCCGAAACAUCAUUUGGCGCCACUAGACGAUGAGGAGCAAUCGACCCCGGAUGCCGAGCAAACUCUGUACGAUGCGGCGAUCGAUGCCUAUCUGGGCGAUCCGGAUGCGCUUGAGGAGGAUAUGGCCGAUGAUCCUUUCGAGGACGACGAUCCCAACGAUCCGGAGUGGAAGACAAGGACCGAGGGCGUUCGCAGCAGACGCAUCUAAGACCAAACCCAAAGCAAAUAACUUUCGUUUUCGUGAUUUAAGUCGUUUAAAGAAUUUGUCAAUUUUUAAACUCCAACACACAACACAAAUCAGCCGGCGCAGAGCAACAGUUUUAACUUGUUUUUAACGGAUUGAUUUGCACUCACAACAGCAUUGCGUAUUCUAAGCAAUCGUCUAAGUUAUUUAGUUUUACAAACCCACAAAAACCCAGAUAAGCGAAACACAACAGUACACAAAACAAACGAAGCAGAAGCGAAACUCUUGAAAUAUUCAGUGUAAAUAAAAGUAAACCUAGAGCUAAGCAGUUACUGAUAAAUGUAAACUAAUCGUUAGGAGAUCAUCGAACGCACUCACCAAGUCGGGCGGGCAUGGUGGGUGUGUUCGGCUUGAAAAGUGGUCGGCGGUUAAGCAGAAACAACAAACCCACUUGGGCUUCAAGCCAAAGUGCGCUAAUGAUAAAAUAUUAAGCUAAUCUAAAUAUAUAUAUAUAUAAACACAUUUAAUUAUAAUAUAUGCAUACAUAAACAUGUAAAUGCCAAGAGAGCAGUUAGCUGAAGAUUUGAAAUGUAUUCGCACCUGCACACAAACGAUAUAACAACUAAACUAAACAAAUCGAUUAUCUGUAAAUUGAUCAAGCUUACCCCUUAGCCUUUAGCUUAACAAUUAAUCAACUGGCUUUAGGCCCGUAUUUCAUAUAUUUUAAAAAGUUUAUCAACUGUAAAUGUAUAAAGAGGAGAGGAAUUCGAAGGCGAAAUGUGAAAAACGAUCGAUCGAUAAAUGUAUGUAUAUGUACUUUAGUUGCUUAGGCGUUUUCAUUUCUACUUUAAACGUUAGUGGCUAAUUGUAGCAAUUAAAAACUUAAAAAAAACAAAACCAUAAGCAAACCUAGUACGGCUAUGUUCGUAAAAAUGUUUAUUCUAAUUUCGAUUUUUAAUAUCUAUUGCGUAUGUUUCACCGCAAAGCUAGAAACCAGAUUCGUUCGUUAAAACUUGAAAAGAAAUACAACCGAAAUGUGAAGAUUAACUAAGGACCGCUGAAAUACAGAAUAUAUAUUCGUAAAAAUGA